CUGCCGCCCGGCGGGGACACAGACACACACACACACACACACACACACACAGACCCCCGCACGCACACGCACACACACCCGGGUGCCUGGAGAGAGCGGGAGCGGCCGAGGAGGAGGGAGGAGGAAGAGGAGGAUGCAGGAGAAGAAGCCGAGGGGAUCCGGGGGCGGCGGCGGGAGCCGGAGCGGCGAGCUGCAGGGGGAUGAGACGCAGAGGAACAAGAAGAAGAAAAAGAAGGUGUCCUGCUUCUCCAACAUCAAGAUCUUCCUGGUGUCCGAGUGCGCCCUGAUGCUGGCCCAGGGCACGGUGGGCGCUUACCUGGUCAGUGUUUUAACCACCCUGGAGCGCAGAUUCAACUUGCAGAGCGCGGAUGUGGGUGUGAUAGCCAGCAGCUUUGAGAUCGGGAACUUGGCCCUCAUCCUCUUUGUGAGCUACUUUGGGGCCAGGGGCCACCGGCCGCGUUUAAUUGGCUGUGGGGGGAUCGUCAUGGCCCUGGGCGCCCUCCUCUCUGCCCUCCCAGAGUUCCUCACCCACCAGUACAAGUACGAGUCUGGGGAGAUCCGUUGGGGAGCUGAAGGCAGGGAUGUGUGUGCUGCGAAUGGGUCCACCAGCGAUGAGGGACCAGAUCCGGAUCUAAUCUGCAGGAACAGGACUGCAACCAACAUGAUGUAUUUGCUCCUCAUUGGAGCACAGGUCCUACUGGGGAUUGGUGCUACCCCUGUACAACCUCUGGGAGUCUCCUACAUCGAUGACCACGUGAGAAGGAAAGAUUCUUCUCUCUACAUAGGAGCUCUGAAGAAGCAGUGGAAACCAUAGGAGCAAGAAAGUGAAGUCUGCUUAGCCCACAAAAAUGCUAUCGGGCCCUGAAUAAGGCAUUUCUGUUCCAGAUUCUGUAUAAGAACAAAAUGUUUCUUAAAUGCUCCAACAGCAAAA